GAAAUCAGCAGGGGAUAAGAAGUCAGAGAAAGCAGUAGAUAAGGUAGGAUCACACUUUCUUGUAUUUUCCUAUCUACUCAUCAUUCUUCAUAAGCCAAGAUAUAUAAAAAUCAGACACAAAAGGGAAAUCCUUAAUAACACAAUGUUAGCUUCAACAGCUCUGAAUCUGGGUUCAUUAGGCAGUUGUAUAGUGAAUGUGUCAGCCCACAGUUGCCAUAAACCUUCCCUGAUUCUACAAUGUACUCAAUCGCUGCCAUUCUUGGCAUUACCAAAUACUAUUGUCAAGCCUUUUAAUGGAAGCAGUAACAGUAGCUGGAAAUUAAGUACACCAUUCAAGACUGCCGUUGCUGCUGUUGAUUCCUCUGAGCCUGCCGAAAAGCAAGAGACAGAAAGGAAGAAGUACUAUUUUCUUGUUGCAAAUGCCAAAUUCAUGCUAGAUGAAGAGGAGCAUUUCCAGGAGCAAUUGUUUGAACGUCUUCGUCUCUUUGGAGAGCGCAACAUGGAGCAGGAUUUCUGGCUUGUGAUUGAGCCAAAAUUCUUGGAUAAAUUCCCUAAUAUUACCAAGAGACUGAAGAGACCUGCAGUAGCUCUUGUCUCAACAAAUGGCCCGUGGAUCACGUUCAUGAAGUUGAGACUAGACAGAGUUUUACAGGAGAGCUAUGAAGCUGACAGUCUAGAAGAAGCUUUGGCAUGUACUCCCGUUAGUCUUAAGUUUGAAAAGCCAGAGAAGUGGGUAGCUCCAUACCCGAAGUACGAAUCUGAGUGGUGGACGCCCUUCUUACCCCCUGGAUCUCAGACAUCUAAGGUAUGGAAAUUAUUAUCGUCAUAUAACAAUUACGGAAUAAGACAUACGUUUGCCACCGCCUAGGGCGGCAUGGACAGGUUUCUGGCGGCCAAAGAGGUGAGGCUUCUCGUUG